UUCAAGAAAAACUUUGUCUAUCACACUGUGAUAGACAAUUGCUUUUGGUCAAAGGCUCGAUCAGUCUAAAAACAGCAUAAAAACAUCAACAUCUCUGGCCAUCAUCACACACAACACAAUGAAGAGAAGAGACACGUCAUAGCCUCCAGUGUCUAUGUAUGGGAAACACUGCACUUUGAUGGAAAAACCAGUACUAUUUUCUUUGACAGAAAAUGCCAACACAGAAGAAAUUAAUAUACCUUCAAGUGUUCCUAGUCAACAAUUUAAAGACAACUGGAAAAAAAGACUAAGCUUUCAUAAUAAAAUGGCAUUUCUUAGCGGCAUCAUGGAACAGCAUAACAAUGAAGUGAAGGAGGACGCUACCUGUGAUACGGCCAGUUCCUCACGUAUACAACAGCUCUGCGACAUAUACAUGACACAAAUGGACACUAACAAGCAAACUGCAUUUGCUGUGGCAGUCAUGGAAAACGAUCAAGUUUACCUUUUUGAUAAAGUUUAUCCAAGCGACAGAAGAGUUACAAACAAAUUCCGUCAUAGUGAGGAAAUAUUAAUCCAGAAUAUCGAAAAAUAUCUCCUCAAAAAUGAAAACUACAAAGAAAAAAUGCCAAAAGAGCUUUUCAUUUUUACCACCAACAGUCCAUGUUUAGGAAGAAAAGAUAAAAAAUCAAAGAAAGUUCAAAAAGAAAACAAGUCUCAAGACGAAGACCUACACAAAAAUAAUAUCCAGGGUUCUGGCUCUUGCUUGCUUCAGCUUCUUGAUAAAUCCUUUGAAUGGAAAAGUAAAUAUGGAUUUAAAACUCAUGUGGCCUACAAGAACUUCUGGGGUUUUGCUGGUCCAGACUAUUUUGACGAUGUUGCUUUUGACAGUGAUUCCUGUCUCGGUGUUGGUCAUCAUGAUUCUGAGGAAUGCAAGAGGACCCCUUUCAAAUUGAAACAUCAGGUGUUAAAAGAAACGAUCAAGGAGAGUAAAAUAUUCCACACACUCGCUGACGUGCCAGGAGAAGAAAGAAAUUCACUUAAAGAUCAUCUGAUACAUGCUCGUCAUCAGCUGAUGUCACUGGCAGAGAGCAGUGUCAGUUUGUACCAGGAACAUUUAAACAGAGGAAGGCAGAAGAUUGCAUCUUUCACAUUUCACCCACAAGUGCACGAUGAAGUUUGUGGCAGGUUAGAGAAAAGCUGGGCUGAAACGGUUAAGAUGUGCUCAGUGAUACCACUUAGAGAAAAAAUAACUUCAGAAUUUAACAGAAAAAUUGUCGAGCUUUUUCAGCAUGAUUUGAAAACAUAUUUUGGAAAAGAGAGCCCCCUAUUGCUUUACCAUAUUCCUCACAACUGUUUGUAUGUCAUCGCAACUACUACUACUACUUAUUCCUCCUCUUCUGACAACCACACUGUGACUGUGGCGAAAACUAUUGACCCCGGUACUCACACUGUAUGCAGCCCCCUACGCCUGUGACGUCAUCUCUACGUUUCACAUGUUUAUCACACCUAAGACAGACUGAAUCAUCCAUGGAUGAGAUAGACCUGCAUGCAUACAUAGGACUGCUAAUCCUAGCACGUGUCAACAUUACCCGGUCUGCCUACUUCCAUCUACGAAACAUCAAUCGCCUCCACCCCUCCCUGACCCCCCACACUGCCGCCAUCCUUGUCCACAGCCUCAUCACUUCCCACCUGGACUACUGUAACUCUCUCCUCUUAGGACUCCCUCACAAAUCCCUCCAUAAACUUCAACUGGUCCAGAACUCAGCUGCCUGCAUCAUAACUCGAACUCUGGAUUUCAUAACCACCCCAACUCA